GGGGGGGCGAGGGGAAGAAGCCUUGUUGUCUCAGAGAAAGUUCCGCAAAGUUUCCCGGAGUGAAGCAAUUUUGCGGGAAGGAAAGAAGCCGCGCGGGACCCGCCCGGUUUGGAGGGGAAAGGGGGGGGGGGUUGCAUCCCUCUUCAGGCAAAGCCCCCCCCCCCCCAAAGGAGGCUCACUUCCCCUCAAGGGGGGGGCAGACUUCCCCUUUGCGGCGCGGCCGCAGGUUCCUUCCUGGGGGGGGGGGGGUGCGGGAGGGGGGGCAGGCCCUUCUUCCUCCUCCUCCUCCUCCCCCCCCCCCCUUCCUUCUUCCUUCUCUGCCCGAAAUGCGGCCCCGAAGGGCUCUGCUCCUGCCCCAGGCGCUGCUGCUGCUGAUGCUGCUUCUGCAAAGGAGGACCCUGACCCUCGCUGGAGCGGAUCCUGCCAAGAGCCACACAGACUUCCCUUACUGCCGGAACCCGGAAAAAGAGAAGUGCGUGGUCUGCGCGGAGGAUUUCCAGCUCUGGCAGCCCUGCGAGGUCCGGGCGGGGGCCUCGGGGUCGGUGGUCCUGCCCUGCGCCUUCCGCCAGUCCUGGGGCCGAAUGCUGGAGGUCCAGGUCCUCUGGCGCGUGGGCUCCUUCCACAGCCAGGUCUUCGUCUUCAAUGAGACGAGCCAAGGGCGCCCGUGGGUCCACGCCAACUUCUCCGGGAGGGUCUCCCUGGUGGGCGACCCCUGGUCUGGAAAUGCCUCCCUCCUCAUCCGGGACCUGCGCCAGGCCGACUCCAACGCCUACUUCUGCCGCGUCGCCGUCUGGCUGGAGAAACACAAGUGGGAGGUGUGGCAGGGCAUCAACGGCACCCGCCUCAACGUCACCGCCAUGGCCCCUCUCCCCCCGUCUCGCCCCCCAGGAACGGAGGUCCCGCCGCCCACCCUCAGCCCCCUUGGCCCCGCGUUGGGGGCGUCUGCGGUCCUGUUGGCGCUGGUUCUGCUGGGCCUGGGGCUCUUCCUCGCCCGGAGAAGAGGUUCUUGCCGAAGACCCCCACCAGGGAGAAGUGGCCAAAUUGUGGAGAAGGAAGAGCCCUGCGGGGGGGCCGAGUACGAAGAAGGGGGCACCAAGGGCUCCAAAGCCCCCCCUCCCCCACCCCCUGAGGACCCCCACCUCUUUUAUGCCGCCUUGACCUUGUCCGAAGCCAGGAGGGAGGGGGAGGCGCGCCCCCCGCCCUCAGAGACCACUUACGCCGCCAUCCGGACCUGAGC